AUGGUGACUGAAGGUGAUAAAUAUCCUCCGAAGAUCCAGAAACUUUUCACGCCGAGACUACCUUUUGUCUACAAGAAACCAUGUGGAUAUCUACCCGAACAUCGCAAAACGGCCCGAAUUACUCCACUCAAGGGAUGGAAGUCUAUAAUAGAUGCAUAUAAGCAGGAGCAUGGGAAAACAGUAUCUCCGAAGCCAGAGACAGCGUCUGGCGAGACUCCAUCUGAGUCAAAAGAACGUCAAAUGAAAGAAUGGGAGGACACAGAGACUUUCAAUAAAAAAGAGUUCCUCAAGGAUCCUUACAGAACAGUAUUUGUGGCAAGACUACAUUAUAGUGUAGGCGAGAUCGAUCUCUCGAAGGCUUUCACUCAAUUCGGCGCCGUGGAGUCUAUUCGUGUAGUGAGAAACACGAAAACUGGCCUGUCGAGAGGGUAUGCAUUCGUGGUAUUUGAGAAUGAAGUUGAUGCUAAGAAUUGCGUGCGUGAACUCGCGCCAACUGGUAUUGUGGUCAAGUCCGACGAGGCCUCUAGAAAGGCUCUUGUAGAUACCGAAAGAGGACGCUUGGUGCGUAAUUGGCUCCCGAGAAGACUCGGUGGUGGUCUCGGUGGCAGAAACUAUCUGCAGCCGUCCACAAGUCAUUUGCGCGAGGCUUCAGCGGCUGCUUCCGGCCGUCGUCUCAAUCUCUCCUCCAAUCCCUACCAAUCUUCAGGAAAGCCUCCUCCACCAUCUCGCUUUCAGAAAAGGCCACAUACCGACCGCUUUGUGGGUCCUAAUAAGAGACAGACAUUGGAAUCUGAAUCCUUUGCUGCUGGAGAGUUUAGAUAUAGCCAGCCCGAGGCUUCGUCGCCGCAAAAAGCCUUUGAAGCAAACUUGCCACUACCGUAUACUUCCACAUCUGCCAAACACUCCGUUCAGUCUGUCAGAAGUACAGAUACCUCUAUCAAGGACAAAUACGCGAAAUAUCAAAGCGUUGGGUCUACUCCUGGUGAUGACACUAGAUCUACGAGAAACAUACGGCGCUAA